AUCUACAACAUCAACAUCAUCUAGCAGUGGGUCACCAUCUACAACAUCGACAUUAUCUAGCAGUGUGACACCAUCUACAACAUCAAAAUCGUCUAGCAGUGUGACACCAUCUACAACAUCGACAUCCUCUAGCAGUCCAAUAUCUUCCACAACAGCGACAUCAUCUAUUUCGACCUCAUCAGCAACUCCUACUACAGAACCUACUACAGUACCCCCAAAACUUGUGGUCACCGUCCAAUUCGAAAUAAGGGUUAUGAUAACAUGGGAAGUAGAAUACACAGAAGAACUGAGAUGUUUAUGGAGAUUGCAAGCCCUUAUAGAUUUGUUAUUAGAUGGAAGACGUAAAGGCAGAAGAAGAGCCUGGGGUAGACUUAAAAGACUGAUAUGCAGGAGAGGCAGUGUCAUAGCAGAUCUUCAAGUAGCCGUGAAUACAACCGAUGACCCAAAUGCAGGUCAAGCGUUUGUAUCAGAUGUGCAAGAGCAAGUGCAGAGCGGUUCACUCGGCAACUUCACUCUAGAUGCGAAUCAUCCACUAGGAGCAAAACUCACAACAACAACUGUCAUCGGGGAUCCUACCUCUACCACGCCUACCAACAAAUCAAACGUCGAUGACAUGACCUUAAUCUUGCUGAUCUUGCUGAGCGUGUUCAUCGGUGUAUUGGUGCUUGCCUUACACACCGGGCACAAAACACUCCAAAAGCGGCAGGGUUUUUCGUGUCAAAUCUCCAUCUUGGACGGGGCACGUUUUCAGAGGACUGGUGCCGAAUUUACGAAUCUAGCUCGUAGGAUUUUCGCUAGCUUCGGAAAAUAAGAUCGGAUGGCGGAAAAGCACAGACGGAAGAACAAGGUUUGAUUUGGUAUCAAACGGCCAGAAUUUCGCGUGGUUCCUGCGCCUAUUCUUCAAAGGGAUACGGUCUUUCCGCGACUUGUCCCAAAAUGUCUUGAAUGCAGCUAUUUUGAGUCCCGAUUUAAUUUUUACGUCAAAAGAAUUUAUUGAAAAUCAGCAGUGUAGUCCGAUUCUUGAAUCCCUGAAUGUCUUCGCUAUGAUUUUGGAAUGCAGCUAUUUUGAGUCCCGAUUUAAUUUUUACGUCAAAAGAAUUUAUUGAAAAUCAGCAGUGUAGUCCGAUUCUUGAAUCCCUGAAUGUCUUCGCUAUGAUUUUGGUUUUGUAGAUUUCUCCUCUGUUCUCGCGCGAUUAUUUUUGAAACCUCACUCUAAUUUUCAAGUUUAAUUGUGAAUAUGCCAAAGAGGUUCACUCUCGGAGAGUAAAUGCGAGAGGCUAAAUUAAAGUGACAGAAUGUGAUCGACUCUUCACGAGAACUGCAGGACCUGGAGGAUGAGUUUUCUUCCCUUCAGCAAAGCAUCGCUGAGAAGAAACUUGAAAGCGAAGCGAGAAAAGCUGAGAAGGCUUAGCAGAAAGGUAUUUAUAAAGAACCAUAUAAAAUGUGUUUACAUAUAAUACUCAUUUUGUAGAAAUGCAGUGCUUAUAGAAAAGGAAUCGAAAGGAAAGGACAUAUUUGUUUUAGCCAGACUUUCGCAUUAUUUUACGCUAUUGUGUUAUUUGAGAGGGGUGAUUUAUUGAGUUAUAAAUUAUAGUCAAAUUGUUGGUUCUUUUAGAUCGAUAGAUCGUUUCGUCAAAGAAAUAACACAUGGAAUAGAACUCAAAACCUCGGCGCGCGCGUUGCUAUGGUAGCUUAUAAACAAUAAUUAUUCUUUGUUGUGAAAGUAUUUUCAGUUUGAACAGCGCUUCAGUUUAUUGUAUUCUUGGAUAAACUUGUUCUUAACGAAACUCAAGUGAAACCAAAUAUGAAUCAUUUAAGUUACAUCAGAAAACUUAGUCAAAUCAAAAUAGUUAAGUAAGACUUAGUACUUAAUUGGAUUCUAAAUUCUGAGUUCUUCCAAACAGAUGACUUGUAGUUUCAUGUUGGUCUAAUUAUGAUCUUUGUUUGUUUGUUUCAUAUUUGAUGGCUACAUGGAUAUUCUCUUCAGAUUAGUGAUAUCCUCAAUAGAAAAUAGAUAGCAGUAAUUAGUUUAUUAUAUUAUUAGGCUAUUAUAUUUAAAUGUAAUCAAUAACCUUACUCUGCAUAGCAGUUAAAAAUAGGUAGGUAGAUUCAGACAGUCGUAUGGAAGGUAACAGUCAGGAAGGAGGCAGUCAGAAGGGGCUUUUAAAUGGAAAUGCAGUGUCUAUGAGGAGGAUGAAUCCGACAUGCUUCACUGAGGGAGGGGUCAUGCUACCUGCUAUAGAGAUGCUAUAGUGAUGUGCAAGCUUUAAAAUAUCUUAGGGGUAAGAAUUACUGUUGACUACACCCAAAGUGCUGUCACUUAGGGUUACACUACUAACGUUUACAUGUUUCCAUUAUUUCUCUGUUGUUUUUUAUCUUGCCUUCACAUACAUUCAGAACAUGUUUGAUGUACACACACUUUGUGUACAUGAUAUAAAUGUUGCAUCCAAACAUUCCUAAGGUAUGUAAUACUGUAAAAAAUAGCAUGUUUGAUGUACUCUGAGGUGGAUUGUCUCCUUAAAAAGGUGAGUAAAAAGAUGUAAGAGGCUAAUUUGAUAGAAAAAAAAAGAAUCUAUUUGUAAGCAUCCAAUGGUUAAAUGAUUUUUUUAUGAAUGAUAGACUUUGAUAGGUGAUGAAAUAUUUUUUUAAAUAAAAUGUUUGAUUUUCUAUUAUCUUUAUUGAACUUUUCUUUUGUAAAUUAUCUUAUGGCAGCCUAAGACAGAGUUGGUAUACUUUCUUCUUAUCUCAUUAUCUUUACAAAUGCUAAAUGCAGAUCUCUUAUGUUAUACAAUUACAAAUUACAGCAAAUAAAAAAAAAGACAUAUUUGUAUGUUAAUUUUGGAAUACAUUUGAUAAAUAUAUUAUUUCAAAUCAUCAGCAACUCUUUUUUUAUGAAUAAGAACAUUGUUAUUGUGAUGCAGUGAGGUCUAUGAUAAACUUGAACACAGUAUUUCAAUGAUGCAAAAUCUGGGUUUAGAAAAGUUGUUUGGAAGUAAAGCUGUCCACUCACAAGAGUGCAUGUUGGCAGAGCAUUUACUGUAUUGUGUUCUUACAUAAAAAGUAUGAUUGAUCUGCUUUCGGCAUAAAAUAAAGUGGCUACCUAAUGCAGGUUCAUAAGAAAUGUAAGGAAACUGGAAUUGUAUAUCCCUUAGUAAAUAUGUAAUGUAUAUACUAGAAUCAGGGAAGAAAUAAACAACAUUCGUCUAUGGUACUAAAAUUAAAAUACUUUAAUAUAUUGGUAAAUUAUUCUUUAUUGAGGUUUUCAAAAUCCCAUGCAACAAAAUGUUGCAAAUAUUCACACAUAUUUUUUGUAUAUACUGUACAAAGUGAUCUAUACUGUCUGAAAAUAAUAGUUAUGUAAUAUUUGAAUUCUGAGGCAUAAUACUGUAAUGCUGAUAUAUUUAUAUAUAUUCUGAUAUAUCCAUAACUAUUAAUUCUUGCCAAUAUUUAUUCUGUCACACAACAGUUUUUUGACAUUCAUUGCUUAAAAUAAUUAAGGAUUUAGCAAAAAAGUAAAAAUUUAUUUGAAAAAUAUUUAUUUAAUCUUACUUCAAUUUUAGAAGUGCUCGUGCCUUUUAUGGUAAUAGAGACCAUUUAAUAAAUACUUUAUUCAUAAGAUAAUAAAUAAUAUAAGAUUAUCAUAUCAAUUUAUAAAUAUAUAUAUUUACAAUAUUUAUUGAAUUGUUACAUAUUUUGUAACCUCUAUUUCUGAAAUAAAUCUUGCAAUUUCAUA